AUGGCUGAUAAUAUGCAUAUUUUGGUGUACGAUAACACCUGUCCGUCUCGGACCGGCACGCAACAUAUCAUCCAAGAAGGCUUAUUGACUGUCCACCCGAUACUAUAUUCGGAAGAUUCAUCUUUUGGCGCAGAGAUAUACGGCGUUGACUGGAGCAAGUAUGUUCCAGGAGACGUUGUCACGCAGUUAAUUGCGCUGCAAGACAAGUAUGGAGUACUGAUCUUCCGUAAAACUGGAUUAGAUAAUGGUCGACAUAUUGCAUUUUCGCAGCAGCUGGGUGACAAGCUGGAAGUCAAUCCGUUCUUUUAUGGACGAGAAAACGACCGGUUGGGGGAGCCGUUACUAUUCGACGUGGCCAACAUCGAGCUGGAUGGCUCACUGGUGAAGAUGAAUAGUCGCAGAUAUCAUCACAGUCUGGGAAAUGCAUUAUGGCACACGGACUCAUCAUAUCACCAACAACGCUCCAAGUAUUCGAUACUGCUCUCUCAUGGGAGCCCCGUCGAGGGUGGGUCGUGGACCCAUUUUGCAGACACACGUCGUGCGUACAGUGAGCUUUCUGAAGCGAAAAAGAAGGAGAUUGAGAACCUAGUUGUUGAACAUGAUCUCUGGCAUUCUCGAAAACUGGCGUCCCCGGCUGUGUUUGGCAAUCCUCUUCCUCACGAACUGGCAGCCAAGCCGCCAGCCUACCAUCGUCUGGUUCAAAUAGCACCAGAUGGACGGAAAACAUUGUAUCUGGCCGCGCAUGCAAAACGAAUAAUUGGCAAAGACAUCGAAGAGAGUCAACGGCUGGUCUGGGAGUUAAUCGAACACUGUACACAAUCGAAAUAUGUCUUCAGCAUGGAAUGGCUCUCUGGUGGGGAUAUGGUCUGGUGGGAUAAUCGCCAAUCUAUGCAUCGUGCUAAUCCCUAUACCGCGACGAUGACCGCAAGGGAUGUUCGUCGGUCCACGGUCCUUGAUGAUGGACUUUGGGCAUCAGGUGUUCCGAGAGAGCUACAGAACUAG